AUGGGUAAGCAAGUUCUCGAGAAGCGCCGCCGCCUUGGGAGGCUGGUGACCAUUCCAGGCGUGACGUGCGCUGGUUUGUGCGAGGUCCUCCGCCGACUGAGGCAAGCGCCCAUCGAAGAGGAGGUCUCUGCGCAUGAGGCCAAGGCCGCCGCGAAGAUGGAGUACGAUAGAGAGAUGUCGUGUUCUCUGGAAUUGCCGCUGCGCGACGGCGGGUCCUUUGAGUGGCGCAUUGCAAGGCCUGCCCGCUUGGUUCAACGGUUAGUCGAGGUGUCCCCAGCGCUGAAGCGCAUGUUCGCGGCCGCGCCUAUCACCCCAGCAAGGCCGUGGAACGUGAUCCUUGCGCACGACGAGGUCACGCCUGGAGCUGUGCUGCGACCGCAUAACCGCAGGAAGUUCGUUGCAUUUUACAUUUCGUUUCUAGAAUUCAAGCAUGCCCUUCGGCACGAUUGCUGUUGGUUCCCCCUGGGCGUGAUCAGGUCGGCACAAGUGGAGAAAAUUCGCGGUGGCCUCUCGGGCACGAUCAAGUCGUUGCUGCGUCGCUUGCUUCUUGAGGACGGCAAUCUCGUGGAUGGCGUGGCCUUGCCGCUACAGGGCGGGCCGACAAUGUUCUUCGCGAAAUUUGCCGCACACUUGGGAGACGAGGUCGCUUUGUCCAGGGGCCUCGGCGUGAAAGGAUCUGCAGGGAUCCGACCGUGUCUGAAGUGCGCCAACGUGCUCAAGAAAGGCUCAGGCAUUGCUGGCGCUGGCGCCGCGCCCAAUCGGUUGGUGGAAAUCACAUGCAGGGACCGCAGCGCAUUCAUUUGUAAUUCUGACGAGGCCGCAUGGGGAGCCCACGACGAGUUGACGCACUUACAAGGGACAAUAUCGAAAGCCGCAUUUGUGCGCCACGAGAAAGCACACGGCAUCAAUUUUAAUCCUGAUGGGUUGUUGGCGGACGCAGACCUCCGAGGGCAGGUCGGCCCUGUUUCGUCGCUCCAUUUUGAUUGGAUGCAUGUAUAUUUGUGCAAUGGUGUUGCGUCCCAGGAAAUGUUUUGCUUCAUGUCGGCAUGCCAAGCCAUUCCUGCUCUGAGGGACAUCUAUCCGAAGUUGGAACGGUACUGCCAGGCAGACUGGUCUUUCCCCCAGCAACACCGACGCAAGUGUCGGGAGGCCCACGUUGUUUUCUGCAAGGCCAGGGAGAACGCAUCCAAGGAGCAUUGGCGAAGCAGCGCCUCAGAGUUGUUGUGCAUUUACCCGCUGGUGCGGCAUUUUGCUUGCAUUGUUAUCUUGCCGAAUUUCGAUGAGCUGCGCGACGAAGUUGCCUCCCUCUGCCAUUGUUUCGCUGUAAUUGACAAAAUUCAACGGGCGAAGGCGGGCGACAUCGAUGCCUCGGCCCUCGGAGCUGCAGUUGAUCGCCACGCGGACGCACAUGAAAAAGCAUACGGGGCCGACAAUUGGAAACCAAAGUUUCAUUUGGCGACGCACAUUCCCGAGCAAGUGGAGAAAUUCGACGUUGUGUUGGAUUGCUUCGUUGUUGAGAGGUCGCACCUUCUGCCGAAAAUGAUUCUGGACAACCAAGAUAUACUGAAAGGCUUCGAGAAAGCUGCAAUUUCUCGCGUGCUGUUGGCGCGCCUGCAGGAGCUCGAAAGUUUCGACGAGCGCCCAGGGCUCAGGGGGGGCGAUGCGGAGUUGUCGCCCCUGCUGGCUGAAGCAGUCGGCGGCGACGUCGUCCUUUCAUCCAGCGCUGCUUUCAAAGGCUUGCUUGUUUGGGCAGGCGACGUGGUGCGCAUGCAGAACAAUUUUCUAUGCGUCGCAGCUCUGGGCCAACGGGGGGACGAUCUAUUCAUUCUUGGGCACGAGUGCGUCGUGAUCGAGAAGCGGACGCCGAACGCGUCAGUCCUGCGGAAGGACGGCGAAUUGCUUCUUGCGUGGUGGAGCGGCGAAUCGGUUGAGAUGUGCCACGCUUGGUCGGAGCUCGCCUCUGGCGACAUUCUUGCUUUGCACUGA